GCCAAAAUGAGGAAAAAGGAGCUUGCAGCCCGAGAAGCGGCGAAACAAGAAACGGAAGUGAAAGAAGAGUUUGGAAAUGAGGAUGAGGAAGAUAAAAAAGAGGAGAUCAGAACAAAUGGCGAGGUGAGCCCCUGUCUUCUUUGGAGAAGAAUGAAGAACUGUUUCCUCAGAGAUGUAUAUCUCGCUACAAAAAAUGGAAGCGAACUCACAGUGAAGGCCGCAGCCUCUGCUCCAGUUAUAGAAGAUGUUUACUCUUAUCUCUCUGCAAAGACAUUUGAGGGAUUGAGAGGCAAAGUUAACGACAGAAUACUUGAAGCGAUCAAGAAAAUGGGGUUUACCUCUAUGACUGAGGCCAAAAUGAGGAAAAAGGAACUUGCAGCCCGAGAAGCGGCGAAACAGGAAAUGGAAGUGAAAGAAGAGGUUGGAGGCAAAGCCACAGCCUCUGCUCCGGUUAUAGAAGAUGUUUACUCUUAUCUCUCUGGAAAGACAUUUGAGGGAAUGAGAGGCAAAGUUAACGACAGAAUACUUGAAGCAAUCAAGAAAAUGGGGUUCACCUCUAUGACUGAGGUUCAAGCAAAGUGUAUAGAGCCACUUCUUGAGGGUCGUGAUGUCUUAGCAUCAGCGAAAACCGGUUCGGGAAAAACAUUGGCGUUUUUGAUUCCUGCUAUUGAGCUUUUACUAAAACUAGAUUGGAAACAGUACAAUGGAACGGGUGUGAUUAUUGUGUCGCCAACGAGGGAGCUAUCGAUGCAGACUUAUGGUGUAUUAACAGAGCUUUUGGAAGGCACUUCUCUCACCCAUGGCUUAGUUAUGGGAGGCUCUAACCGGAGUGCUGAGCAGGACAAGUUGGCUAAGGGUAUCGCAGUUCUGGUGGCAACUCCUGGUCGUUUGCUAGAUCAUCUCCAAAAUACCGAUCCUUUUGUUAUCAAGAAUCUCAAAUGUCUCAUUAUUGAUGAAGCUGAUAGAAUUCUGGAUAUUGGAUUUGAGAUUGAAAUGCAGCAGAUUCUUCGCCAUCUGCCUAAAAAGAGGCAAACAAUGCUUUUUUCGGCCACUCACACACCGAAGGUAGACGAACUUGUGAAGCUUUCACUCCACUCAGAUCCUGUGAAAUUGUCUGUUUCGGAGAAAGAUGAAGUUGCUACGGUGGAAGGGUUGCAACAGAUUCUUCGCCAUCUGCCUAAAAAGAGGCAAACAAUGCUUUUCUCGGCCACUCACACACCGAAGGUAGACGAACUUGUGAAACUCUCACUCCACUCCAAUCCUGUGAAAUUGUCUGUUUCGGAGAAAGAUGAAGUUGCUACGGGAUAUGUGGUGUGUCCAUCCGAGAAACGAUUUCUGAUGCUGUUCACUUUUUUAAAGAAAAAUAAAAACAAAAAGGGUAAACAAAAACAAGCAAAACGGACGUCGACAUUUUUCCAGUUUUGCCAAGCAGAAACAGGAAUUUUGUUAUGUACCGAUGUGGCUGCUAGAGGUCUCGAUAUCCCUGCGGUAGAUUGGAUCGUGCAAUAUGAUCCACCAGAUGAGCCGAGAGAGUAUAUUCACCGAGUGGGGCGAACUGCUAGAGGAAAAGAUGGACGCGGUAAUGCUCUAUUAGUACUUCGACCAGAAGAACUUGGAUUUUUGCGGUAUCUGCGAGCUGCGAAGGUUGUCCUCAAUGAGUUUGAGUUUUCUUGGUCAAAGGAUAUCUUUGAUGUUAACAAUCUGGAUUUGAUAGCGGUAUGUAAAUCAUUUGGAUUCUCGGUUCCUCCAUUUGUGGAUUUGCCAAUAUCACAUAAGCCGAAGGUCCAAGUGAGGUCGCAGUUAUCAGGAGCCGGCUAUCGAAAAAGACCAAAAGCAUUUACAUUCAAGCAGAAGCCGAAACACUAG